GAAAACGGUGAUGCGCCUGGUACGGUUGUAAUAACUCCAAGGUUUCACGUAUUGACGCGUACAGGUGCAAUAAAAUCUCUGGGAGAUAUGGUGAGUAAUAUUGGUAUGACGGUUGCGGAAAAUUGCAGGGCUUGUGGUGGGAGUUGUGUAAGCAUGUUGCACAAGGUAUCUCAUCGACAAUAUGUGGGCUGUCGUACUGUGGCAUUUCUCAACAUGCUUGUUUCCGUGUAUGUUGGUGGGGUCCUGAAAAAAGCUGGUAUGGCUGUUGAUCAAUGCCUUUUUAGUGAUGAUUUACAGCGGACAAUCAAAAGUUUAAAUGAGCUCUUUUCCUAUGAUACUGUUGGACUUUCAGCCUUUUUGACCAGCUGGUACAUAUUGCGUUCAGGUGAAGAUGUUCCACACGUGGAUAAAGGCUUAGUGUUAGGGCUUGAAAUGGAUGGCCAAAUCCACGGUUUAAGACAUGCAGUGAAGCCAGGAACGAUAGGUUCUCCUUUGGUUAGUUUUGAUGGCCACAUAGUAGCCGGUUCGCAUACGUUUGCAUGUAUAGCAUACACUAGAAGGCCUGAAAUCUACUAUGAAUUGAAGAAGGGUCAGUACACAUUAGUUACAGAGCAAUCACCUGAUGUGCUCCCAGCUCAGUAUUUAUAUGUUCGAUCAGAGCCAAAGCAUAUUGCGGUCGACACUAUCCUAAUGUACCCUACAGGUGACGAAUUACAAGUGGAUCUGGGAGCGUCUGUAAAUUUGAUAAAUGUGCAUAAGUGUGAAGAAAUGGCUGAGCAAAUGGCAAUACCUUUACACGUUUCCCAGUGUGUUGACGGAUAUAAUGCUGUUAAUCUCUCGGAAGAAUUCCGAUAUGUACUUUAUACGCAUGGUAACGAAGCUUUGCAAUCAUGGAUAUGCGGUGCAUUCAACAGAAGAGUAUGUUUUCAGGGAUGUAGACCUUUGAAUGUAGCCCUUGCACUAAUUGGUCCUGGUGAAAUACUGAUUCAAGGAGGCCGUAAGGCUCUGGCAAUCGAGCAAUAACGAAUUGAACAAUCAAAAUAAAUUUGAUUGAAUAAAAAGCUUUGAUUUUCCUUGCUUAUGUAAACCAUUUGGCAUAUCAGUCAUAUAGUUAAUCCAUGUAUACAAACAUAGAAAGAAAAUGAAGAAGAAGGGUUAUUUGUUUAUUAUUAUUAUUAUAUAUGAAAAAUAAAGCAUGGCCCAGAGAGAGAGAGAAAUG